AUGACCGCUUUUGGCUACCUAUUCAUACCCAUCAUUGUUGCCUUUGCAACCAUAGUGUCUACUCUGGAUAACGGAUUAGCCAGGCUUCCACCAAUGGGAUGGAUGUCCUGGGCGACUUUUUUCUGCGAGACUGACUGCGAAAAUAAACCAAACCACUGUAUAAACGAGAAACUCUACAAGGAAAUGGCAGAUAGACUUGUCGAAGAUGGAUUUCUGGAAGCUGGUUACAACCGCAUUCAUAUCGAUGACUGUUGGAUGGAAAAAUCGAGAGAUGAAGAAGGAAAACUUGUUGCUGACCGGAAACGUUUCCCGAGUGGAAUCAAAGAGCUCGCAAAAUAUAUGCACGAAAGAAAUCUUGAACUUGGAAUAUAUGCAGAUUUCGGGAAUGAAACGUGCGCAGGGGAGUAUCCUGGAAGCUUGGACCACUUAAAGGAUGAUGCUGACACAUUCGCUUCUUGGGACGUUGAUUACUUGAAACUUGACGGAUGCUAUGUCGAGACUGAUCUGAUGCCGAUUGGAUACCCUAAAAUGGAACGUGCACUCAACGGAACGGGUCGACAGAUCGUUUACGCCUGUGGCUGGCCAUUGUUCUUUCAUACUGCCGGCAAGGAAGACGAGAUUAAAUACGAUGAAGUAAGAGCAGCUUGUAAUUCAUGGCGAAUCUACGAUGAUGUUGAAGGAUCAUGGAGUUCAAUUGCCGGUAUCAUUAGUUAUGUCGAAGAACACCAAGAUGUACUAGCAGCAGCACAUGGGCCGGGAGGAUGGAAUGAUCCAGACAUGCUUGUUAUUGGUCUCCCAAAGGUGAGUAUUGACCAGGCGGUUGUGCAGAUGACAAUGUGGUCUAUGUGGUCUGCACCAUUGAUAAUGUCUAACGACUUAAGAACACUGGAACCGGAGUUCAGAGAAAUUCUGCUGAAUCGUGAUGUUAUCGCCAUUGACCAGGAUCCUAUGGGGAUUAUGGGGAAGCUUAUUCACAAAAGCGAGUCGAUUGGAGUGUAUUUGAAGCCGAUAAUACCAGUUCAAGGCGAUAAAACAUCAUACGCAUUGGCUGUUGUGAACAAAAAUCUUCUAGAAGUGAAGAAAGUGGAAUUUGCCUUAAAGUCGCUUUCUAUUCCAAGUGACAAACUUUACCAUGUUUGGGAUCUAUGGACUGGUGAAGAUCAUGGAGCUGUCGAUUCGUCUUACGUUUUCAAAUUUGAACUCCGUCCAACGUCAGCUGUGAUGCUGAAAUUAACGCUUACAUGA